ACUGCAUUUCAUACAUAUACUAAAUAUUGGUUAAAGAGCUUUGACUUAAGUUAUUACAUAAUUUUGUCAUACUGCUGUGGAAAUAUACGUACGUAGAUAUGUAGUUAUUUUUAAUCUAGCUUCUACAUUAUAGUUAAAAUAUGGGCAGAUAUGUGGUGUACGAUUGUGAUGUUGGCAAUGAUGACGCCUGGGGUCUGAUGAUGCUCAUUAAAGCUGAAGCAGUGUACCAAAAUCGUUCCGAAUUGGCAGAUUCACCAGCAAAAUUUGAAAUUAUCGGCAUCACAUGCGUACAAGGAAACACAAGUGUCGAUCAGACUCUGAUAAAUACGCUGCGAGUACUGAAAGCAGCCAGCAGAAAUGAUUUGGCAAUCUAUAAAGGUUGCAGUAGUCCCAUCAUGAAAAAUGAAUGGAAAAAUCCCGAAAAUUUUCAUGGACAAGAUGGUUUUGGAAAUGUGGAACACGAGAAGCCAGUGGAUUUGAAUUUGGUGCGAGAAAAGCAUGCGGUAAUUGCGAUGUACGAUUUUGUUUGCAAGCACCCGAAAAGGGUGGACUUCUUAUUGGUGGGGCCGCUGACCAAUUUUGCGACGUGCAUCAAUAUGUAUGGCUCAGCAUUUUUGGAUAAAAUUGGAAAAAUCUACAUUAUGGGUGGAAAUUAUAGGGGCAAAGGCAACAUCACCAAAAGUGCUGAGUUCAAUUUUAUGAUGGAUCCGGAAGCUGCACACAUUGUUUUAGCAUCUGUUCCCACUCCUGUGACUCUUCUACCGUGGGAAACGUGCAUCGAUGGAGAUUUUGAUAUUACACUUGAUUUUCGUUUAAAUGUUCUUGGCACUAUUAAAAGUGAUUUCAUCGAACUGAUGAAUCUUGUGGAACGUGCCAUAUUCAUACCGAAGGGCUUGGAACGUUGGCUAGUGUGUGAUGCUGUUUUAGUAGCAGCCUACCUCUUUCCGCAUUUGACGGUGAAACAGAGUCAACUCUAUCAUGCCACCGUUGAAUUAGCUGGUACACACACACGCGGUCAAAUGGUUAUAGAUCACUUGAGACAGGAGAAAGAGAAUGCAAAAAUUAUUAUGGAAGUGAAUGGGGAAGGAUACAAAAAAAUUAUUGCAUGGACAGCGGGACUUAAAGGUGUUUAUAUGGAAUGUGAAUUGGAAAAGGAUUUGUGAAUU